CAAUGAUGGUGGACUAUUUAUAACUUAGUGAUGACUUGUACUGGAAAACUGAAAAUACCCUUUGGAUUGCUCAUAUUAAUGAAUGCAAAGAAAAUGUUCUAAGCUGUAAUUUAAACAAAACAAGGACAUAAAAUUAGGUUAUGUGAACAUUGAAUGAAAUACUACGGACAAAAUAUCUACAUGGUAUUAAAUAAUUCAUUUUAGAUUGUACUAUGAAACGUUUUGUGGAUGAUCAACUAGAUGUACUCCUGAUGACACCUUUUCGUACAAAGCGCAAAUGACAAUGUUAUGAAUCUGCAAAAACUCAGUACGCUGUAAUUAAAACAGAGAAUCUACGUUCAACACAAAUAUACAAAGUUAUUCAAUAUUUCUCAUGAAUUAGCUUCUGAAAUGUCUCCUGUGUAUACUGCACUUUUAUUUACUAUAUCUUUGACAUCCGCGUUAAGGAGGAGCUGUGUAUUGGAAGAUAAAGAAACGUUAAAAUGUAAUUAUUUUCCUAACAGGAUUUCAGAUGAGAUAUCACGAGUCAAAGUAGUGGACUUUAUAGGACCUAAUGAAAGUAUGGUAAUAAACAGCACCGAUUUCAACGCUGAAGGCUGGAAAAAUGUAAAAUGCUUGGAAAUAAGUAAUUCAUUGUCAUAUUUGGAUUUAAAGUUUACAGCUGAAACCUUUUCUAACCUGAAUAGACUGGAUGAAUUGCAGCUACACCUUAGUCAUUUCUAUCUGGAUCCCGAUACGUUUGUAGGUCUUAAUUCUGUCAAAUGGUUAGAUGUGAGUGAUUGCUUCAGACUGAGUUUUGGUGUUUUAUUACAAAGUCUGAAUGGGACAGAUAAACUACCAAGUCUAACUAAACUUACGAUCUCUAGGUUGAAUUUGUACAAUCACCUGACUGUGAUUGAUGAAGGUUUUGGACAAAUUCUACAACAAAAAAGAUUGACCUAUUUAGAUAUGAGCAAUACAGUGAUAACAGCAUUUCAUUUUGGUGUAUUUAAAUACCUAAGGUACCUUAAAGUUUUUAAUGCAUCCGGUGCAGCGUUAAGUGACACUUUUACAGACGAUUUCGAUUUCUCUGACCUCAGAAACAUCGUUGUUGACUUAAGUGACUCAAUUUUGCCACCGAGAAUGAGACCCCUUCCAGGAAGACUUGUUAUUUCAAAUAUUGUUGUGAAAAACCCAACAAUUCACGAUGUGGGGUUCGUAAUCUUUAAACAAGCAAAGAUACUCAAUAUGUCUUCAGUUGUGCCUGCACUAUCGAGUAUCUGGAUACAUAAUACUACAGUUAUUAUAGAUAAGCCGAUUAAAAUUCUCCUCCAGCGUUUGAUAUUAAAAAACAACAACUUAAAGUAUUUAGAUUUCCAUGUAGACCACGUCUGCAACAACUGUAUUGCGUCCAGUGUAGAAAAAGUUGACAUCUCGUUUAAUGGACUACAGUUCAUAAAUCCUUUACUAGCAAAUUUUGCCCCAAACAUUAAAAUAUUGGAUCUGUCCUUCAAUCGGCUUUUUAAAAUGGCAAAAAAUAAUGACUCUUUGUUUGAAACUUUAUUAAAGUCGUUGUCACAUUUACAAUAUAUAAGUUUGUCAGGAAACAACUUAAACACAGUCCCAAUGAAAAUGUUUGGUACCAAUGUUGAUUUGGAAAUAAUUGAUCUAUCCAGUAACAAAUUGCGUCAGGUGACCUUUUCACUGAAGUAUCUUGGAAAACUUCAAGUUCUUAUUUUACGAAAUAAUUUGAUACACAUACUUGAUGAAACAUCAAUAAGUCAUUUGGACUCCAUAUAUAGACACAAUGACAGCUAUCUUACAUUAAUUCUAAUGGGUAAUAACCUGUCCUGUUCAAUAUGCGAUGCUAAAACAUUCAUCAAAUGGUUACUACACACAAAGAUAGUAAACAUUACUUCUCAAAAUCUCACUUGCACAAUUGGGGAUGGCGAGCAAACAGCUAUUGAACUGAGUACAUUAGAUCUACUGCAAAACGUGUGUUACUUUGUAUUUUAUAAUGUUAUUAUAUGCCUCUCAGUUACGUUUAUUUCAGUUCUAACGGCUUUUGCUUCAGUUAAAGCAUGCAAACAAUGGUACCGUGAUCAGGCAAUUAAACGACUUCAAGAUGGUCAUGGCAAAUACGAGUAUGCCGUACUUCUUGUUUACCACCAUGAUGAUAACACAUUUGUUGAACAUUACGUAGUUAGACAGCUAGAAAAGGAAAUAAAAAACAUCACUAAUAUCAGAACUAGAAACCUGAUAACUAAAAGCGAAGAAGUGAAACCAUCAGAUACUUUUAUUGCAGCACUAGAGAGAGUUGUACAUACAGCGACAGUUGUUAUCGCUAUCAUGUCAAGAAAUUUCUUAGAAGAUCCUAUAUUAAAAAUAUUCAUUGAAGGAGUCAGAGAUACUGGAAAACCGAUCAUAUGUUUUCUUAAGACUGAAAGGCCUGGCCUUGAUAGGGAGAAAUUGACACCUGGAAUGAGACAACUUCUUAGAACAAGACCAAAAUUCAUAUGGAGAGAAGAAAACGAAGAAUAUAUUAUGUGGUCAACAUGGGAAAAUAUUUGCAAUACCAUUUUAGACUAUGCGUAAUAGGGCAUAUUGCUGUCGAAUCUAUUGGUAAGGUUGUUAAUAGGUCUUAGUGCCUCUAUAACUGAUUACACAAAAAAGGAAAAUGACAUACAGCAAACCUAUGUUUUGUACAGACACUACUUUAAGGGUGAUACAAAAUAACGUCUUUUGGUAUUGAUUGUACUGAUAAGUGGUCCGUAUACUCUAGGUUCACAUGUACUCAGCAUCAUCGACUAUAGUUGUAAUUUGAUUUAUUACCUUUAAAUAAUAUUUGCUUUUCAUAUAUAGCAAAUACGUUUCUGUGGAGGUAGGUUGUCUUAAUAUUUGUAUGUGCGCAUGUCCAACCGGAAGCUAACGUGACGAUUUACGACGACGUUUAAACAAAAUUUGUUAGUUAUCCAUUCUUCGGAAAAUAAAUAACGAACCUGACUCCGAUAUGAUGCUUAAUGGUUUAUUAUAAUAUGACGAACAAUGCUUAAAUCAUCACAACGAUAUUAUGUUGACGCCACGUCAACGUAAUAUUUAGCGCCAUGUACGCAUCAAGAAAUAGCGCUUUCAAAUUUCAUGAUAUAGUUUACUUAAUAACAUUUUUUUAAACGAAAUGUCACACUGCGCAAAUGUGUUGAUCAAUUAACACACAUGCUGAGUUAGUUAUUCGCUUUGCUGAAUAAUUCGAAACAACUUUCGCCCGAACUGAACUCUGCCGCAAGACGUAUUACCUCGUGAAAUUAUUACGUCAGACGUAUAACCGCUCAUUGUGUAUAAAUAGUGACGAAGCACAGAUUUGCUAUAUAUCAUUUCUUAAAUAAUGCAGAAAUAAUUAAACAAAUGCCGCAGAACCGCUUUAAAACAAUGUUGCCUUAAACUGACAUCAUGACGUUACGUGUCAGUUACCGCACAAUAUCAAUAGUUUUUUCUUGUUUUUUUUUUUUUUAAAGUACGUAAUUCUGUGUAUUUUCGUUAUUUUAACUAUUUUCAAACAACCAUUAUUUACUGAAAUAUUUUUAUGAGUCUUUUGCUCCGAAUAAUAAUCAAUAUUUUGCUUCUUUUAUGUAGUAAUAUUGAAAUGUUAUGCGGAAUGUAAGAAAAUGGAUGACGCUAACCAAUGUUAUUUGGAAUACAGUUGGGUGGAGGUUACUUGUUACUGGUCUAUUUAAGAACAAAGCUUCGGCUUUUCAUUUUCCUUUCAAUAAUAUCAAUGAGAAUAAUAGCAGCAUGCUGAACGGUUUUUCCUUGAAAAAUGCCAGACGAAGAGUACUGCUGUAAGUAUUUUAAGCUGUGAAAUUUGUUUAAAUAAAUGCACGAAAAUAUAACUUACGUUACAAAUGAUAUGUUUUAAAGCUACAUGAACAAGAAAGAUGAUUUCAUUCAAUAUUUUUAUAAGAAAAUACAACAAAAAGAAGAUAUUAGCUAUUUAAAACAUCUAUAUUGUCAUGGUGACUUUAAACUUUAAGAAAAAUAAGUUCCAUGUUGGUAUUUUGCUAAUAAUAUUAUUAGUUACACUGCUUGUUGGCGACAGGACACGGGAUAUACGCUGUCGAGGAAAUCCAUAUCAGGCAAGAGCGAAGCUCGAGCCUGAUAUGGAUUUUCGAGAUAGCGUAUAUCCCGUAUUCUGUCACCAACAAGCUGUGUAACGAUUUUAUCUUGCCGACUACCCUUUACUUACAUGCUAUAAUCAACACAUUUUGUAAACUAACAAAGCUACUUACAGUGUAGACUGGAAUCCUUCGAUCAUUUGUUUGGACAUCAUGUUUUAUUUAUAGUUGAUUUAUACCAGCCAUAAAAUGCACAAUGACCUGUGUUUUGGUUAAAUCACAAAACACAAAAGCUCAUUUACACAGGUUAUGAACUGGUUUAGAUCAGAAACACUUAAAAAACUUCUUGUUCCAUCCCUUCGACCAGAUUUCGCAAUGUCACAAAUGUCUUGAUACUUCAGCUUUCAUCCCGUUUCCUGUUAAAUCAUUUAUCUUGCACGUAGAUUAAAUGAUCCUACAACAAACUGCCGAGUAACAAAUAUGUCAAUUCCUUUAUUUUACGAUGAUUUAACUUAAAACAAGAUUUCAACGUCCGUGUAUCCCAUUCAGAGUUAUUCCGCUUUUACGGCUAACUUUUGUCAAACUUCAUGAGCCUCAACUUAAGCAGAAUGAAGUCGGCAAGAAAACACUAAAUUUACUCUCGGAAAACGAUACUAUCGCUGGAGCUAAUAAAUAAUCUGACUUGAUUCAAUUACGCCAGCAGUGUGGCAGCCAUUUUGUUUUAAUCAUAAUUCAUAUCUGAAAUAUACUAGCAGGAUAUGGAAUAUAUCCUGUCUCCACGUGACGUCUAUUGACCAAUAGAAAUGCAAGAAACUUGUAGGAGGCAAGAUAAACCCAAAUAUUCCAUGCUGGUCAUUAACAGAAUGGUACUGAAGCCGUCAAACCCCAUUUUGUACAUGGUUGUUUAAAAAUGAGAGAAAAUGCGUAGCAAUGGAAACACGAGCGCCGCGUCAUAGACACUUUAAACUUAUAUUAGAAAGCUGACGCGCAUACUAGUAAAAUUAUCAAUUAUGUUGACUUCAACGGAUAUCUAUUAACAUAAAAUACACUGAAAAGUGUUAAAUAUCGUAUUUUCCUUCUACUUUCUAUAUAAAAUACCUUUAGAGGGUCGUGUUCUUCUUUUGUUACACGAAAUAUAAAUAAGCUGCGGUUUAACUUUUUUGAAUUUACCAUGGUAACAAGGUAACCUACCUCCUUAACAAAACGUUUGUUGAUUAAUCUGAUAUCAAUACGAGCUUUGUAUUUUUCCUAUUUCAAACUCGAGAGCACGAGUGCAAACAGUUCUCUUGCACAGUUUUGUGAGUUUGAGACACAAUGAACUUUUCUUAAAAAAAAACGCGAUUGCUCGAUUGUCACAAUUGAUUUGUCCAGUAAGAAAUAUUGUCAGAUAACUUUUUUGCAUGAAGCAUUUAGACAAAAUAAAAUAACUAGUUAGUCCGUAAGUAUUCAAAAAAACAUUUUUCUAACAUUUCGAAAAUUAAAUAAUUCAGUUGGAUAUAAAAUACAGCCAUUGGCUCGUGGAAUAUUAUUGCUCACGUGUCACAUAGUGACAAGGUGAGGUACUGUGAUCAACCUUCUUCCAUCGUCCAUCGUCUGUCGGCGUCCGUCCACUAUUUCUUGUGAACACGAUAGAGACCGCAUUUCGCAAAAGAUUUUAAAGGUCUACUUCUAAAGCCCGAACAAGUAUUAUAUGAAAACUAGAGUUUGUAGCUGAGACUUCCUAUUAACUGAAAAUAUGACUCACUAUCGGAUCUGACCAAAUAGUCGUGGAUAUGUUCAAGAUAUAACAACAAAUGACAAAAAGAUUUUGCCUAUUUCAAACCGAAAGUAUAUCUUCCGACUGAUUACAAACCCGUCGCGCAUCUUCGGAUUUUUUUUUCGGAAGAAGACUCCGGAUCGAGAUUAUAUUUAUAAAUAGAUCCAACGAUAACGUGAUGUUUACAAACAUUGCAUAGGGAAUUCAACAUUUUUUUUAGCUAACAAAAUCUUCUUAUACGACUAUACCCCCAGCAGAGCUAUUGUAAAAGUGUCUUCUUACGGUUGUAAGCGGACACUUUAUAAAUAGAACUGUCCUGUAUGAACGCACUCUAUCAGUUAACUACUUGCACGUGAAGUUCGUGAAGGAAGUCAUAAACUGUGCCUGAUGCAAAGAAUGUCCGUUUUCAAGUUGAAUUAAUUUUUGGCUAUCUUCUGUUGAAUUUAUCAGUAUUUUGGAAUUGCAAUAUAAAUAAAGCUUUUUAAACAAGACAAGAAAUAUUAAUUUACACUUAUAAAAUAUGGAAUUGAAAUGUUUAUACCGCAGUCAGUAAAACCAUCUGCAAUACCUGACAAAUUAAACUAAAAUCUAGUGGGCCGCGCCAUGUGAAAACUACGGUGUUCCGUUAGGGCCAGCGCCUGCUCCCUACGAAGGUACGAGUGAACGAUGACGAAGCGCGACAGUACGAUGGCGAUAGCACGACAGUCCGAUGGCGAAGCGCGACAAAAUGACGGUGACAGUCGCAUCUUCGUUCUACACCAUCGUACAUGUGCAGAACUUAUUUGUUCGACGUAUUACCGCCCGAGUAAAUGCUGAAAUAGUGUUAAAACACGGUUUGCUAUAUAUUAUACCGAUUCUAAUAUGCCAUUAAUCAAAGCAGUAGACAAAAUGAAAAAUUUUAGUAGCGCUCCUUUUUGGUCUUUUUUGAUCGCAACAAAAGCUUUGACGUCAAUGCACGUUAACGUCAUGUAAUUCUAGCGUAAGCGUGUUUUUACAGAGACAAGCAUAUAAGAAUUACUAAUAAUCUUAUACUAAUUUACAAGAAAAUCCAAAAUUAUUGAACAGAACAGAACUGAACAGAAUUGUUUUGAAGGAACACAGAUUACAAAAGAAGGUAUGGUCUUUAAGAUGAGUGAAAACAAACAACUGUUUCCUAGACAUAAUUAAGUAUUAUUUAUAUGUUAUAUUUUUAAUUUCACACGUGCAGAGUUAAACAUUUGUUACUUGAUUAUAAAUAACACCCUGACUGGUGAUUUUUGUUUGAAUAGUUUGAGUUUAAGCAAGGUAGACAUUAGAGUGUAAUCAAUGUUAAGGUGAACCAGGCAUUCAUCGAUUCUGCAGUGCUUUAGGGUAUAGCGGAUAGCUAACUAAUUUUUUCUGCAUUCAGUAGUUUUUUAUUUCAGUAUAUCAGGCAGAAAGCAUUUUUGAGUCGGCUAAAGGCUGAAAGCCUUUUGACGAGUCCUUGCUAUCCAACGAUUCUCUAAAUUGACCGAAUAACAUGUGAAGGGAUGUAGUUCCAUUAGAUUUCUCAAAUUUCAAACAGUUCACUGCAUGAAUGAAGUUAAAUUGUGUCAAUUCCCUUUGCUAUGACCAAUAUACGAUGUAAUCUGUCAUAUUUAUGACUUGUAAUUGUGCAAUUCUCGAAUGUAACUCAUUAAGCAUAAAUGUGCAUUUUAAGAAUUGCGCAGGCUUACAAAGCUUGGGUAACAUCCAGCGAAAGACAAAAAAAUAGUUCCAGCAGGGCUCCAGAUAAGAUGCGUAUUAGCGUAAAUUACGUAUAGAAAUAAUGCAAAUACGCAUGUCUAAUAAUUUCUAAGCGUAUAAAAACGUAUAUAAAAUUACAGAAACGCACACAAUGCUUUUUUAAAAACAAAAUCUGAAUCGUCUGGAUGCGUUAGGUAACAUAGCCGAUCAGCCUUAAUUCUCCCACAUUGAACGUAAACACGCAUCGUAUGAUUUCUAUAAACUUUGCGUGGGUUGAAUUUUGCAGUCAGUAAACGGAUAAAUUAUCGGAAGAAGAAGCUCUUACUGGUUUGUUUAGUUACUAUUGAUAUUAAAAAUGAUUUUAAUUCUUAUUUU